CAAACAAACAUAGAUUUAAUAAGCCCUAUCUAUUCCAGCUUCAACAUUAACACCAUGAAAAAGGUCUUCAAUUUAACCUGGAGAACCCUGGCAGUACCUUGCUAAGAUAAGCUAACCAUGUUUCCAGGACUACCACAAGGUGAUCAAGAACCCGAUGGACAUGGGAACCAUCAAGAAACGUCUGGAGAACAAUUAUUACUGGAGCGCCAGUGAGGCCAUGCAGGACUUCAACACCAUGUUCACCAACUGUUACAUCUACAACAAGCCCACCGAUGACAUCGUCCUCAUGGCUCAGGCUUUAGAGAAGAUCUUCCUGCAGAAGGUUUCUCAGAUGCCUCAAGAAGAAGUCGCUCUGCUGCCUCCAGCUCCCAAAGGCAAGAGCAAGAGCAAACAGCCCGGUGCUGCUACCACAGUGAGUCAGCAGGCGGAGUCUUCAGCCUCCCCCCCCCCCUCCUACCCCUCUCCCUCCCCCUCUCAGACACCUGUCAUCUCGGCCACGCCCACACCUAUCCAGACCACGCCCCCUGUCUCUGCCCCACCACCCCCGGCAACCAUGAUGCCGUCUGCACAGCCCGUCGUUAAGAAGAAAGGUGUGAAGAGGAAAGCCGACACCACCACUCCCACCACAUCAGCCAUCUCAGCCGGUCGUGCCGACUCUCCGUCCGCUCAAGACGCCAAACCCCCCAAACUGGGCUUGUCCCGCCGUGAGGCCGCCGCCCGACCGGCCAAGACCCGCCGGGAGACGGUGGAGGAGGUGGCGGUGGGCGAGGUGGGAGGAGGCGGAGGAGGAGGAGGAGCCGGGAGGAGUAAGGGCGGUAAGCUGGGCGAGCAGAUGAAGCACUGCGACGCCAUCCUGAAGGAGAUGCUCUCUAAGAAACACGCCGCCUACGCCUGGCCCUUCUACAAGCCGGUGGACGCCGAGGCCCUGGAGCUGCACGACUACCAUGACAUCAUCAAACAUCCCAUGGACCUCAGCACCGCCCGGAAAAAGAUGGAUAAAGGAGAAUACAGUGAUCCUCAAAGUUUUGCGACUGACGUCAGGUUAAUGUUCUCCAACUGUUACAAGUACAACCCUCCAGACCACGAGGUGGUGGCCAUGGCCCGCAAGCUGCAGGACGUGUUUGAGAUGCGUUUCGCUAAGAUCCCAGAUGAGGGCCUGGAAGCAUCGGUCCCGUCUACAACACCAUUGGUCAGUAAAAGCACCGCCUCCUCUGACAGCAGCAACAACUCCUCCUCCGACGAAUCGUCCGACUCAGAGGAGGAGCGAGCCACGCGAUUGGCUGAGCUACAGGAGCAGGUUGGUGCUGCCGACCAAUCACAGUUGAAGGCGGUGCACGAGCAGCUAGCCGUCCUGUCCCAGGCUCCGGUCAGCAAGCCAAAGAAGAAGAAAGAGAAAAAAGACAAGGAGAAGAAGAAAGAUAAGGAGAAAGACAAAGGGAACAAGGGCAAGCUGGAAGAAGAGAAGAAGCCUAAAGCUGCCGCUCAGCAGCCAAAAACAGCCAAUCAGAAGAAGGCACCAGCCAGGAAAGCCAACAGCACGGUGACCGCCACGAGGCAACCUAAGAAAGGCAGUAAGGCGUCGGGCGGUGGCUCGGCUAACGGGGACGACGGCGAGGAGUCAUCUCUACCGAUGUCGUAUGAUGAGAAGCGCCAGCUGAGUCUGGAUAUAAACCGGCUGCCGGGGGAGAAGCUUGGACGCGUCGUCCACAUCAUCCAGUCCAGAGAGCCGUCGCUGAGGGACUCGAACCCAGACGAGAUCGAGAUCGACUUCGAAACCCUCAAACCCUCCACACUUCGAGAGCUGGAGCGCUACGUCAAAUCCUGCCUUCAGAAGAAGCAGAGGAAGCUACUGCAGAAGGCAGCCGGAGGAGGGGCGUCGGGAGGCGGGGCUAGUCGCUUGAGUGGCAGCUCCUCUUCCUCCUCUGAUGACAGCUCCUCAACAGGAACCUCCUCUUCCUCCGACACAGACUGAACAUACACGGAUACACAAACUCACACACAUUUUACUGAAC